UACUCACUUUAUGCAUUUGUAGUACGUAUAUGAUAGUACACGUGCGUGUGUAACCUCAAAUUGGUAAAACUUAAAAAACAAGAGAGAUAUAUGUAAUUUUUUUCAUUAAAUUUAGACAAAUAUAAAAUGGGGUUGACCAAACAAUAUUUGAGAUACGUUCCAGCAGGUAAUACAAAUAUAAUUGCAAGCCCACAUUGUAAUAUUGUUUUUGUAACCUUGGAAGAUCAAGAAGGUAGAUUUAUUGCUGCUGCUGCAUGUGAACAUGUAUACAUUUGGGAUCUACGGCUUGGAGAAAAGGCGCAGGUGUUAUCUGGAGAAAAGAUAUGUGUAACACGUCUAGCUGCAUCGCCCAAUAAAAGGCAUAUUGCUGUCGGUUACGCAGAUGGUACAGUAAAGAUCUUUGAUUUAAUCUCUGGUGAAAAUGUCAGUGUAUUUGUAGGACACAAAUCUGAAAUAACAGCAUUAGCAUAUGAUGCUUUUGGAACUAGAUUAGCCACUGGUUCCAAGGAUACAGAUAUCAUUAUUUGGGAUGUUGUAGCCGAAACAGGAAUAUGUCGAUUAACUGGGCACAAAGGUGUUAUAACUAAAUUGGUAUUCAUGAAAGAGCAUAACAUUAUUAUUAGCAGUAGCAAAGAUACAUUUGUAAAGUUUUGGGAUUUAGACACGGAACAUAACUUCAAAACUCUUACUGGACAUAGAUCAGAAGUUUGGAGUCUUGUCUUAAUGAAGGAUGAUCAAUAUUUAAUAACAGGAUGCAAUGAUAAAGAAUUGCAUGUCUGGAAAAUAACCUUCCUUGAUAACAAGAGCAUUGAACUCGAUACUGCUGUAAGUGCUUUGGAUCUUGAUGAAGAGGACGAGGAAAGCAUGGAUAUGGAUAUGAAAUAUCCUAUAAAAUGUAAGAAAAUUGGAGGUAUAUUAAGAGCAGGUGGUGGCCGAGUUACCUCAUUAGAAGUUGACUCUACCUGCAAAGUUGUUGGAUGUCAUGGAGUGGGGAAUUCCAUAGAAUUGUUUCAUCUAUUACCCAAUGAUACAAUAAAGAAUAGAUUUGCGAAUAGAUUGAGGAAGGAAAGACGUAAAGCUCAACAGGAAGGGAAUGAUACAGAGAAGGAGCUAUCAAAUGCACCAUCUCUCAGGGAUGAGAUAAAACGUUUACCUAUUGUUCAAAUAUCCGGUAAAGCAAAAGGGCUUGAUUUAAUUAUGGGCAAAGGAAACGAACUUAGAGUAUGCAUUGGAGUGAGUAACAAUUCAAUUGAAUUACAUUCUUUGCACAUGGAAGAGAACAAUCCAAAAGAAGUGAAGCGUUUACGUUCAAUAACGGCACAUGGGCAUCGUACAGAUGUCCGAGCUGUUUGUUUUAGCUCCGACAAUUUGGCAUUUGCUACCGUUAGUGGAGAUUCUGUUAAAUUAUGGAACAGGCCAACAUUGGCGUGUUUACGCACAGUACAGUGUGGUUACGCUUUGACGGUAACAUUUGUGCCAGGUGAUAGACAUCUAAUUGUUGGUUUAAAGGACGGUAAAAUGCUUAUUAUUGAUAUCGCAUCUGGCGAUAUUUUGGAAGAAGUGGUGGCACAUUCCAAGGAGCUUUGGAGCAUAACAUUAUUUCCUGAUUUGAAAGGGGUUGCUAGCGGUGGUGGUGAUCAAACGGUGAAAUUUUGGAACUUUGAACUCAUUCAAGAUCCUGACAAUCAGAUAAAGGCGAAGGUUCUUUCUGUCUUACAUACAAGAACUCUUAAGCUUGAAGAAAGCGUACUGUGUGUAAAAAUAAGUCCAAAUAACAGAUUUGUUGCCGUUUCUCUAUUGGACUGUACCAUUAAAAUCUUCUUUUUAGAUACAUUUAAGUUCUUUGUAUCACUUUAUGGACACAAGUUACCAGCAUUGUGCAUGGAUAUAUCUAGCGACUCUACACUCAUAGCAACCGGUUCCGCCGAUCGCAACGUUAAAAUCUGGGGUUUGGAUUUUGGCGAUUGCCACAAAUCCAUAUUCGCGCAUGACGACUCUAUUACGGGUCUCUCGUUCGUACCUGGAACACAUUACUUUUUUACCUCUGGAAAAGAUGGAAAAAUCAAACAAUGGGAUGCCGAUAUAUUUCGAAAGAUCAUCACGUUAAAAGGCCAUACUGGAGAAAGUUGGAAUUGUUGCGUUUCACCAAACGGGAUUUUUGUCGCUUCGUGCGGUUCUGAUAAGGUAAUCAGAUUAUAUGAGAAAACUAACGAACCGUUAGUAUUAGAAGAUGAAGCGGAAGAAGAAAGAGAACAACAGGAAAAUGAACUAGUCACUGGGGAAACCACUACAGUAUUAGGACAGAAGCAACAAGCGUUGCCUUCUAGAAAGACUGUUAACAGUGAAAAGGCUGCUGAAUUGAUAUUGGAAUGUUUGGAAGUGUCCAAACAAUACGAGACAGAAUCGAAUACAGCUGUUUCUGAUGGUAAAGCACCGCCUCUUCCUCUGUUAAUGCAAGCUUACAAUUGUACAAACACAGAAGACUUCUUACUGGAAACCUUUAAGCGUGUUAGGGCAAGUGAAUUGGAAGAAACCUUACUGUUAUUGCCAUAUUCUGCCGCCUCUGAUAUUUUGCAGAGACUCCCCAGCUUGUUGAAAAGAAAUUAUCAUGCUGAGUUAUUAGCCAAAUUAGCUUUGUGCUUAAUUCAAGCAUAUCACAGUCCAAUAAUAGCCAAUCAAAAUCUUUUGCCUACAUUAGAAAUCGUGAAGAAGCUCGCUGUAGAAAGGAUAUCCACUUUAAGAGAUACUGUUGGAUUUAAUUUGCAUGGUAUGAUGUAUAUCCAACGUGUUCUCGAGGAACGAGAAGGAAUCAAAUUUUUCAGGGAUGCUACUAAGAAUAGCGAACACAAAAACGAAGUCAGAAGAAAUAAGGAAAAGGCUAAGAAGAGAGCGAUUAUGAAACUGAUCACUGUUUAUCUGCAUUUCCUGUAAACGAAGAUAGAGAAUGGAUCACGAGGACGAAUUUCUUAAUGCCUUCUUCACACAGGUCGCUCAAUUGUGCUCCGAGAAGGCUAAGGAAACAGUUG